AUGUCUUGCAAAACCUUCGAUGGCGUGUUCACUAAAACACGACGAACGCUGGCACUUGGAGCGGCACUCUCAGCCUUGUUAUUUAUGGUCAUCUACGCCAAUUUGCCGCGAAUACCCUACCUCUACGGUCUUGUAUCGAAACCUGCUUUAGUGUCGCCGAAAUACCGGGAUGCAACGUACGGAAAAUGGAUACCUUCGCCGCAAGGCAUUGUGGAUGCGGAUCUGUGGAAUAUGUUUCGUUCAUGCCACCCGGACUUCUCUCAGGCUGCUGGUGGAUCCGACGGUCGCGAUAAAGAGGAGGAACAAAAGAUACGAGGGAGGAAGGUGGCUUCUUGGGAGUGGAUUCUCGAGGAUGGUAAUCCACCUAGAGAAUGGGAUACUGAGGCUUUCAUUGAGCGCGCGCUCAAAAGUAGGGGAGGUUUUGUGGUUAUUGGAGACUCCGUGGCGGGCCAGAUGAUGGGCGACUUGCAGACAUUGCUUAGACAGCACCGCGGAGAUCAUCCGCGUCAAGUGACGGAGCGGAUCCAUUUAGAAGACAACAAUAUCUUUAUCUCCAUUUCAUGGCUCACUUUGUCUCCGAAAAACCCGCUGUUUGAACGACUUCUAGCCAAGCCCUCUCUCGCUGAGGUUCCUCGCACACGGUUCUCCGAACCGAUACUGACGAUGUACCGCUCCGACAAUCUGUUAACGGAAGGCGAACUCGACGAUAUCCUGAAAUCGGUCGGAAUGGUCGAACCCUUGAACCGCAAAGUACAUAGAGCAACAGGCGAUUGGCGUCAAGGUCUCCGAAACAUCAGCAGGGGAACUUCUUGGCCGGGAGAACUGGAUACAAUAGUCAUCGUCAACACAGGACCUCACUAUAGCCCACUCCACAUGACGCCUGCGAACGACGAUCAGCUCAUCAAGUCCUACGAAAUAGUAAUUAAAACAAUCUACAAUUUCUUGUCCGCCCCGCCUGUCCCGACCCUCACUUUUUUUCGCGCCACUUCGCCGGCGCACCAGAACUGUGGUGCAUACUCUCAGCCCGUGUUCAGAAACUCAAGCACGGCGGAGAACCCCACACCGGAAUGGCAUAAUUAUGGAUGGCAUAUGUUUCCUGAAUUCAAUCGGAUCGCAAAGAAGGUUUUUGCGGACCAGAGUUCGACGACACGAUACCUCGAUAUUUGGCCACUGUCGGUUCAGAGACCUGACGCUCACACGGGUUGGAAUGUUAAUCAGUUUGAUUGUCUUCAUUGGUGUCAACCCUCUGUUACGGCGUGGUGGGUACGGAAUUUAUGGCAUACGAUUCAAGAAGAGGGCUUGUGAUUUGUUCGUUAAGUUUGCGCUGAAGGCCCACUUUUGCCAGUUGUUUUACAUUUAUCUGCCAUUGCACAAAACAAAAUUUUGAACGCCCUUUAGAAAGCUGUAUUUUUGUUCAAGUUCUCCGUCACCUCACUGUUACAUUUGCUGUAUCGCCCCGACAGUUUUUGUAUCCCAGUCCCAGAUCAGUAGAAAUUAUUUUCAAAUUGUAGCAAUUACCCCAG